UGUAUGUUGAACCCAUAGGGGUUGUAGUAUUUUUCACUAUUGUUUUCUCCUCUUCCGUACCUUCUCAAAUCAAAACUAAUCGUUUAGGGUUUAUUUUUCGUCAUCCAAAGAAAUUUUCUUCAGCACUAUCUCAAGAUGCAGAUCUUUGUCAAAACUCUGACUGGCAAAACAAUCACCCUAGAGGUAGAGAGCUCGGACACCAUUGACAAUGUUAAGGCUAAGAUUCAAGAUAAGGAAGGGAUUCCCCCAGACCAGCAACGUUUGAUUUUUGCUGGUAAACAGUUGGAAGAUGGAAGGACUCUGGCUGACUAUAACAUCCAGAAAGAGUCUACUCUUCACUUGGUUCUUCGUCUCAGAGGUGGUAUGCAAAUCUUUGUUAAGACCCUAACUGGCAAGACCAUCACUUUGGAAGUUGAGAGCUCCGACACAAUCGAUAAUGUCAAGGCAAAGAUCCAGGACAAAGAAGGUAUUCCUCCAGACCAGCAGAGGUUGAUCUUCGCUGGAAAGCAGUUGGAAGAUGGACGUACCCUUGCUGACUACAACAUCCAGAAAGAGUCCACUCUCCACUUGGUUCUUCGUCUCAGAGGUGGUAUGCAGAUCUUUGUGAAGACCCUAACUGGCAAGACUAUCACCUUGGAGGUUGAAAGUUCAGACACUAUUGAUAAUGUUAAAGCUAAGAUCCAGGACAAGGAAGGUAUUCCCCCAGACCAACAGAGGUUGAUCUUCGCUGGAAAGCAAUUGGAAGACGGGCGUACCCUUGCUGACUACAACAUCCAGAAGGAGUCCACCCUUCACCUCGUCUUGCGUCUUCGUGGUGGUAUGCAGAUUUUCGUGAAGACUUUGACAGGAAAGACUAUCACGUUGGAGGUGGAAAGUUCAGAUACUAUUGACAAUGUGAAGGCGAAGAUCCAAGACAAAGAAGGCAUCCCACCUGACCAACAGAGGUUGAUCUUUGCUGGUAAACAGUUGGAAGAUGGAAGGACUCUAGCUGACUAUAACAUCCAGAAAGAGUCUACUCUUCACUUGGUUCUUCGUCUCAGAGGUGGUAUGCAAAUCUUUGUUAAGACCCUAACUGGCAAGACCAUCACUUUGGAAGUUGAGAGCUCCGACACAAUCGAUAAUGUCAAGGCAAAGAUCCAGGACAAAGAAGGUAUUCCUCCAGACCAGCAGAGGUUGAUCUUCGCUGGAAAGCAGUUGGAAGAUGGACGUACCCUUGCUGACUACAACAUCCAGAAGGAGUCCACUCUUCACCUCGUCUUGCGUCUUCGUGGUGGUAUGCAGAUUUUUGUGAAGACUUUGACAGGAAAGACUAUCACGUUGGAGGUGGAAAGUUCAGAUACUAUUGACAAUGUGAAGGCGAAGAUCCAAGACAAAGAAGGCAUCCCACCAGACCAACAGAGGUUGAUCUUUGCCGGUAAGCAAUUGGAAGACGGUCGUACCCUUGCCGACUACAACAUCCAGAAGGAGUCCACCCUUCACCUUGUCUUGCGUCUACGUGGUGGUAUGCAGAUAUUUGUGAAGACCUUGACUGGAAAAACCAUCACUUUGGAGGUGGAGAGCUCUGACACAAUUGAUAAUGUCAAGGCCAAGAUCCAGGACAAGGAGGGUAUUCCUCCAGACCAACAAAGGUUGAUUUUUGCUGGAAAGCAGCUGGAGGAUGGUCGAACUCUUGCGGAUUACAACAUUCAGAAGGAGUCAACGCUUCACCUUGUCCUUCGUCUCCGUGGUGGUAACUAGAAGUUCUUUGUGAUGGUGUCCUCCCAUUUGGUACUGGUAAUCAGAAGUUGCUCUUGAUGGUGUGUUCUCUUUUAAGUUGGUCUGCAAAAGAUAGUUCAGACUUCAGUGUUAUGUUUAUUUGUGGGUGUUUCGUGUGCUAGGUUCUCUCUUUAACUUUAUUAUGAUCUCGUUUUUUUGCACAUCAACAGUUUCAUGCUGUGUUAUAUGCAGUGCUUAUGCUAUAAAUAAAUGAGAAUUGCAACCUUAGUACUAUUUGUUGUGAC